GAGGCUUGGCCAUCGAGGGAUUCGUCAUUUCACAACCAGGGCUUCCCACCUGCGGCGUCUGGACCUGGCGAGCCGUCGUCGUGCUGAGAGCACGAUGUUCCAGGUGUUCCAGAUGUUCCAGGUGUUCCAGGUGUUCCAGGGGCCGCUGCUGCUGCUCGGCCUGCUCGGCCUGUUGCUCGCUGUCCUCCUCCGCAGGACCAGGAGAAACGGCGAGCCUCCGCUCAUCAACGGAUGGAUUCCCGUCAUUGGAAAGGCUCUGGAGUUUGGAAAAGAUGCUUAUGGAUUUCUGGAAAAACAGAAACGGAAGUUUGGAGACGUGUUUACGGUGCAGAUAGCAGGUAGAUACAUGACCUUCAUCAUGGACCCGUUGCUGUAUCCCAGCAUCAUCAAACAUGGCCGCCAACUGGACUUCCAUGAGUUCACCAAUAAGGUGGCUCCCCCAACUUUCGGCUACCCGCCUGUUCCCCACAGUUUGUGGGAAGAGAUCCGACGCUCCUUCCACCUCCUCCAGGGCGAUGGCCUCAAAUCCUUGACAGAAAGCAUGAUGGGUAACCUGAUGCUGGUGCUCCGUCAGGACCACCUGGAGCCUGGCGUUUGGAGAAGUGGUGACAUGUACGAAUUCUGCUCUUUAGUGAUGUUUGAGGCAACCUUCCUCACCAUCUACGGCAAGGCAGAGACAGGCUGCCGCCAUGGCUGGAUGGACUCUCUGAGGGACGACUUCAACAAGUUUGACCACAUGUUCCCGCUCCUCAUCGCUCAGAUCCCCAUCUGGCUCUUCAGACAGACCAGAACCAUCCGCCAGAAGUUGAUCAGCCACUUCCUUCCGCAGAGGGUAUCGUGUUGGUGCAACACCUCACAGUUCAUCAGAAGACGAGCAGAGCUGUUCGAACAGCACGGAGCACUGAGGGAUAUCGACAAAGCAGCUCACCACUUUGCCAUUCUGUGGGCAUCUGUGGGUAACACCAUCCCUGCUACCUUUUGGGUCAUGUAUUACCUGGUGAGCCACCCUAAAGCCAUGCAGAUCGUUCGUCAGGAGAUCCUAAACGUCUUGAGAGACGACGGCGUGGACUUCAGCAGCGACAGAGACGUGGCACUCAGCCCACAGCAACUGGACAGACUCAUAUUUCUGGAGAGUGCCAUCAACGAGAGCCUCCGACUGUCCUCGGCCUCUACAAAUAUCCGGGUUGCUCAGGAGGACUUCAGUCUGAGAAUGGAUGCCCAGCGCUCCAUCGUUGUCAGGAAAGGAGAUAUUAUUGCUCUGUACCCUCAGAGCAUGCACCUGGACCCCGAGAUCUACGACGAGCCACAGCGGUUCCGGUUUGACCGCUUCGUGCAGGACAGCAGACAGAGGACUGACUUCUACAAGGACGGCCAGAAGCUAAGGUACUUCCUGAUGCCAUUCGGCUCCGGCUCCUCCAUGUGUCCCGGCCGAAACUUUGCCAUCAACGAGAUGAAACAGUUUGUGAGCCUGCUGCUGCUCUACCUGGACCUGCAGCUGGAGGACGAGGAGAGCAAUCCCACCCUGGACUCCAGCCGUGCUGGACUGGGAAUCCUGCCACCUUCCAGUGAUGUCCGAUUCCACUACAGGCUGCGGGCCUGACCAGUACCGCCAGGACUGGUCCUGUUGGAGGCAGGAAAGAGUCGGAGACAGUUGUCUUUAGGGUCUGGAUGAUGUGGACCGCUUGUGACGGCAGAUAAGGAGCCAGGUCUGCUCCGAAGAAAUCGUGCAUCUCAGAUUCAAAGAAAACUUUGAGAACCUCAGGUCGAUCAACAAAACCUGACUUUUCAAUCUUUUAGCCUGAAACCUAAUCACACUAAAUGUGAAAUGUUUGCACUAAAAUGAAACCUAAUCUAAACACAUCCAGGUGUCUGUGAAUAAAUGUGUUUUCAAAAUAAACGCUGUGUUAAGGAAACUGCGAU